AUGAAUAAUGAUGAACAAGAAAAAGUUGAUAAUAAUGAUAAAGAUGUGUUUAUAGAAGUGAUAAAAGAAUUGCUAGUAGAAGGUGAUGGUGUGAUAGUAAGAGAAGAAUUAUCAACAAAGAGUAGAGAAGAAGUGGUAAUAGAAAAAGAAGUUAGCACAAUGAUAAUGAAUGAAGAAUUGAUCGAAAGUCAAAGUUGA